CCCGACCCCGACCCCGACCCCGACCCCGACCCGCCGCCCGCCCGCCCGCGCGCUCGUCCGUCCGUCCGUCCGACUCGGUCCUCGGACCCAAGGACCUGCUCAAACAUGGUGGAUUACUAUGAAGUUCUUGGCGUGCAGAAGCAUGCUUCAGCCGAGGACAUCAAGAAGGCGUAUCGGAAAUUGGCACUAAAGUGGCAUCCAGAUAAGAACCCUGAGAAUAAAGAAGAAGCAGAGAGAAAGUUCAAACAAGUGGCCGAGGCCUAUGAGGUGCUGUCCGACGCCAAAAAACGGGACAUCUAUGACAAAUACGGCAAAGAAGGCUUAAAUGGCGGAGGUGGAGGUGGCAGUCACUUUGACAGUCCUUUUGAAUAUGGCUUCACAUUCCGGAAUCCGGAGGACGUCUUCAGGGAAUUUUUUGGUGGACGGGAUCCAUUUUCAUUUGACUUCUUUGAAGACCCAUUUGAAGACUUUUUUGGGAACCGCCUGGGACCCCGUGGGAGCAGAAGUCGAGGCACAGGCUCAUUCUUCUCUGCAUUUGGAGGAUUUCCAUCUUUUGGAGGUGGAUUUUCUUCUUUUGAUACAGGGUUUACUUCCUUUGGCUCCCUCGGCCAUGGAGGCCUCACAUCAUUCUCCUCCUCAGCCUUUGGUGGCAGUGGGAUGGGCUCCUUCAAGUCAAUAUCAACUUCCACCAAGAUCGUCAAUGGCAGAAAGAUCACCACAAAAAGAAUCGUUGAGAAUGGCCAGGAGCGAGUGGAAGUUGAGGAGGACGGCCAGCUCAAGUCCUUGACGAUCAAUGGUGUGGCGGACCAGGAAGCCCUGGUCGAGGAAUGUCGGCGAAGAGGCCAGAACAUGCUGCCCGGCAGUGCCGGCCUCACCAGGCCGCAGAAGCCCAAGGCCUGGGAGGACCGCGAGGAGCCCAGCCGACCUCGUGUGCCCAGUGCCUGGGAUCCCCUCCUGCUCCCAGCAGGUGCGCGAAGGGGGACUGAGGCAGAGCCCACCCAAGGGGAUACCUUCCGCAGCCAGAAGCCAACCGUCCCCUCGGCUGGUGCACAGAGGGAAACUGAGGCAGAGUCCACCCAAGGGGAGACCUCCCACAGCCAGAAGCCGACCGUUCCCUCGGCUGGUGCACGUAGGGAAACUGAGGCAGAGCCCACCCAAGGGGAGACCUCCCGCAGCCAGAAGCCCACCAUCCCCUCAGCUGGUCCACGCAGGGAAACUGAGGCAGAGCCCACCCAAGGGGAGACCUCUCGAAGCCGGAAGCCCACCGUCCCCUCGACUGGUGCACGCAGGGGAACUAAGGCAAAGCCCACCCUUGGUGAGACUUCUCAUACAAUUUCCCACAGCUGGAAACACAACAUGCCCACAGCUAGUAUGCACAGGGAAGUUGAGGCAGAGCCAACUCAAGGGGAGCCUUUGGGCCAAAGGGGACACAAGGCUGCGUUCCUGUCCUGUUGUGCUCUGACCUGAAGGGGCAGAGCCGGGGCUGCCCAUGGCUGGCAGGUGUUGGGCAGGGCAGGGACCCCAAGUCCCCACUACUAAAUGGGGUUUCUGUGGU